CUCCACUGCCCAACAGAUUGCAGGCCGUUAAACAAUGUGACCUGCAAGUAGGCUGAGGACAUUGAACUAUCCAAGCAGGCAACCCAUGAGGAUAAAAACGUGUUUGUAGUAUAUACACAUACUGUUUAAUCCCAUUUAUCUGCCUUUUAUUAAUCAGUGCAAUGAGCACCUCUCUGGACUACUCGUUUUCCAAAGAGAAGCAAACCAUGGAUAAUUUGGAAAAGCAGCUCAUCUGUCCAAUCUGUUUGGAGAUGUUCACAAAGCCUGUGGUGAUCCUCCCCUGCCAGCACAACCUCUGCCGGAAGUGCGCCAAUGAUAUUUUCCAGGCUUCUAACCCUUACCUACCCACCAGAGGAGGAACCACGGUUGCGUCAGGUGGUCGAUUUCGAUGUCCAUCAUGUAGGCAUGAAGUAGUCUUGGACAGACAUGGUGUUUAUGGUCUCCAGAGGAACCUACUGGUGGAAAACAUUAUUGAUUUGUAUAAGCAAGAAUCCACCAGCAGUAAAACCAGCACUGAGAGGAAGCGUGACCAACCCAUGUGUGAGGAACACGAGGAUGAGAAGAUCAACAUCUACUGUACCACAUGUGAAAUGCCAACCUGUUCUUUAUGUAAGGUCUUUGGAGCUCAUAAGGACUGUCAGGUGGCACCUCUUGAUACGGUAUUCCAAAGACAAAAGUCAGAGCUCAGUGACGGCAUUGCAAUGCUGGUGGGUAGCAAUGACAGACUACAGGGCAUAAUCAGUCAGCUGGAGGACACAUGCAGAACUAUAGAGGAAAACUGUCGAAGACAGAAGUCACAGAUUUGCGAAAAGUUUGAUUACUUGUACGCGGUACUAGAGGAACGAAAGGCAUCAAUGAAUCAAAAAAUAACCAGUGAACAAGAAGAAAAACUCCAGUAUGUGCGCACUCUGAAGAAAAAAUAUGGAGAUCAUUUGGAAACUGUUUCUAAGAUAGUGGAGUCUGGGAUACAAUCUAUGGAUGAGCCUGAAAUGGCUCUCUUUCUACAGAAUGCUAAACCAUUGCUACAAAAAUUUGCAGAAGUUUCUGAUAUAUCACAGCUCGAAAAAGUGGAACGGGGCUAUGAGAAUAUGGAUCACUUUGAAGCCAAUUUUGAAAGAGAGGGAAGAGCGCUGAGAAGCAUCGAUUUUAUGAGAGAGGAGGAUGAGGAAGACGAAGAAGAGGAGGAGGGUGAAGAAGUAGAAGAAGAAGGGGAUGCAGAAGAUGAAGGAGUUGCAAGUGAGGAAACUGAGAGAACAGAGGAAAUUCUUACAAAUAUUGGGCAAUCAGCUCCUGGUGAAGGAGUCUCAGAGACACAGUUACCGCUAACACAGAUCCCUGCACAGGAAGAAACAGCUCAGGAAUCAUUAGGCCUCAGUGCACAAGAAACCGGGCCUAAGCCAACAGAUACUUCUCAGCAGGUAACAGCUGAACAGAUCACUGGAUCUCCAACUAUGGAGCAGAAUGAACUGAGCACCUCACCACCUUCGACAAAUCUCUUGCUAUACCCUGGAUGGUACAAAUCAGCAUCCUCUGACACAUCUGCCACCAACCAGUUAGGGGCAGUUCAACAGGCGCCUGCAGAUUCCCAGGAGUUAGAAAAACCUGCAACAACAGCAAAAGGAACAGCGGACAAUGAAAACUCAGGGGCAAACAAUAAGAAUUCCAGCUUUGCUGAAGACACGGCCCAGCCUGGCUCCGGUGAAGCAUCUUCUCAACAAAAUGAAAGUCAACCAAACGCAGACGCCAAAGCCGGCGAGGGACCUCGACAUGUUUUCUCCUUUUCCUGGCUCAAUUCUCUUACUGAGUAACGAAUCUUCGAAGCUGAACAAGACCGGGGUUGUUUCGUUCAAACUGGGCCAAGAAAAGAGCAUGUGAAGACUUGGAAAGAAGAAGAAGAAGAAGAUGAUGAUGAUGAUGAUGAAGAAGCCAUUCUAAAGCCUUUAGGAAGGGAAGGAUUCCAGGUUGCUGGUGUACUUAUUUAAGUUGAGUGCUGCUUGGGUUGAUUCAUAAGCAGCCUUGCGAACUUUUGUUUUUUAAUUCUCCAAAGCGGGUUACUGUCAGUUUCUUGUAUUAGCAUUGCUUGUAUCUUUACACACCGCUGGGAUUUAACUGCAUUGUAAGGGGAAGUCAUCUCGCGCCUAUCCUGACAAAGAUCAUAAAUGAUGCUAACAUUAAAAAUAACAAGAUCUUCACACUCGAAUAUAAACAUAGCGUUGAAAGUUUUAUUAAAAAUAUAAAUAUUAGACAUUCUGUUAAACAACAAAAAUGCCGGAUUGCUCAUAUUAUGUUUAUUAUUAAACAAAGUACAGUGAAAUUGAUUUCACGAUUUAUUAUCCAUUUUUUAAUACAGCAACCGGAAUUUUGUGGAUUUCAUAUCAACCUAAUAUGAAUUUCUAUUGUUACGAAAAGAAUUAAGAUCUUUGCGUCAAUGUUAUUGUUUUGUAUUAUCACUGGUACAAUAGUUAUACAAAUUAAAGAUGACUUAUGCUUCAACUGCCUCGCAUUUCUGAUACGAUUCGAUUACCAUCAAGCGAAAUACAUUUCCUGUGCCUGUUUCUUCAGCGGGAGGUUUAAAGCUAUAAAAAUAAACAAAUAAUGUAAAGGUAGCACUAUGAUACAUAAUACUGCGUGUUUUAGGUUAGCCUUCACUCGGGUUUGGCGGAAGAUCACUUUCCGAUGACCUCCAUCAUUUUCCUGUUGUUGUGCGCCUGUUGGGCCAGUUGCUCAGCUCGAGCCAUUUCCAGAACCUCUCGGAGGAGAUGGAAGGUCAGGUCCAGUGAAAUGGGGGGCUCCUCGGAACGCUUCCCCUUCUGUAUUGAGCCGUCAGUCUGGUCAGCAUAGUGUUUCACCAGCCGGCUGACGUUGUCAACUUUACCUUGUAAAAGCCGCUGAGUAAGUUGAACCUGAAGAGCUCUGGACAGCGUGUCGGGAGGCACAUUUGAUAAGGACAGAGGUGAAUUUCCAAGUCGAAUGAAGUACUCCUCGCCCAUUCGCACCAGUACUGGAAGAGACUGCUGCUGGAGAUCUGUUUGAGGAUCGACGCCGGUCUGAGCUGCUCCGCCACUCUCGGCUGGUCGACAUUGACGACGUGGUAGAAACGCAACUAGGAGGGCAGCGGUGCAAACGAGCAAAUGCAGCUUCAUGUCAAAAAUCCUCCAAGAACCUAUAAAAAUAAUAGUAAGAAGUAAAUAAAGAGUCUAUCUACUAGGUCAUUUUUAUUAUGUAUCUAAUUAUUCAAACGAGGCUACUUUUCCGUGUUUUUGUUCACUGUAAGUGAAUCAAUUUGCUAUCCCAUUCCGUGAGAGAUUAUUUUAAAGGUUUCCCACCCCUUUUAACAGUAUAAGUGUCAUUUUCAUAAUCGUCAAGUAAAUCAGCUUCUUGGAGUUUGGCAAUGCGCUGUUUCCCCAUAAACUUUUUUUGUUCAUAUUCUAUGUGGUUUGUAUUCAGCGAAGGGAACGCUGCGUCCCAUCAACAGAAUUGUUUUAGCAAAUCAUAUUUGCUUAGCAGCGCCUACAGCCGCUCUGUAAAUGCACGCUGCAAAAUGUACUUUAUUACUAAAAAAAGAAAAGUUCUAUAGUAAAAAAAAAAAA